AUGCUACUGGUAGGUGGUGAGUGGAAGCCACCAUGUCGCUCGUGGCAGAAGUUGGCCAUCGUCGUUCCCUACCGGGAUCGCUACCACCACCUACUGCAGCUCCUCGACCGACUGCAUGCCAUGCUGAAGAAGCAACUCGUCCAUUAUAAGAUCUUUGUGGUCGAACAGUUAGGUGAAGGCAAGUUCAACAGGGGCCGUUUGUUGAAUGUGGGAGUGGUGGAGGCAUUGAAGGAUCAACCGUUCGAUUGUUUCGUCUUUCAUGAUGUUGAUCUGUUACCUGAAGAUGAUAGGAACAUUUAUCAUUGCAAUGAGAAUGUUCAUCACCCUAUAUCUGCACUGGACGAGAUGAGAUACCACAUCAUGUACUACAAUUAUCUGGGCGGUGUGCUGACUAUCAAUAGAGACAACGUCUUCAAGGCCAAUGGUCACUCCAACGACUACUGGGGCUGGGGCAAUGAAGAUGAUGAUUUUAACGCUAGGUUGUCGUCAACCAUGGAGAUUGGCUUGAUGUUGACCAGACCUCCAGAAAACAUUGGAAGGUUCAAGAUGGUGCGACAUGCCAAGUUGUGGCGGGAAAGUCAUGGGUAA